CGAUCGAUCUCUCCUCCUCCUCCGACUGUAACCACCGUCUUCUCUGACGAGACCAGACGACUCAGCCCCUGUCCGACAAAACCAACCCCUGUUCAACUCUAUUAGCUGUAGUUGGGGUUUCAAACUAGACCACUCUCUUUAUCCGCUACGUUCUCAUCUUCACAAAGUAUGGGAGCCGAUGUGAACCAGAAACCUUUCAGGGGCUUUGCGACAACUGCAUCAGUAAGGGAGGGCCACCUUGAGAUAUUGGAGAUCUUACUCAAAGCUGGGGCAUCUCAGGCGGCUUGCGAGGAGGCUCUGUUAGAGGCCAGCUGUCAUGGGCGUGCAAGACUUGUGGAGGUGCAAGACUUGAAGGGAAGCCCUUGUAGAGCUGAUGAGCUUUUCAAAAGUGUAUGUAGUCUAUUGAGCAAUUGUGAUUGUAGUUGUACAUACUUGCAUGUCCUUGCCCUUUGCUUUAGAGUGAAGGUUGAUAGAUUUUUCUUUUGCAAAAGCUUAGAGUGCUGAUUUGAACAAUACUGCUGAACGAUUCUUUAUGUUGAUCUUUAAACACAUUCUCUGUUCUCU